UUUUGCACUUUAUUUUAUUUAUUUGUUUAUUGCUAGAAGCUUUUCAAUAUUAUACUAAUUUUUCCACUUUAUUUUAUUUAUUUGUUUAUUGCUAGAAGCACAUGUGCCUCUGGUCUCUUGAACUAAAUUAUUGGAUACAUUACUCUAAUUGUGAGCUGGUGAAUCUCACCACCAACCACAUGAAUUUUUAGAUGGCCACUUUUCUGCAUGAAAUACUGAAUUUGGAUUACCAUAUCUAUAGUUUAAGAAGAUAGUGCCACACAAAAUGAUUAUCACAGAAGUUUUCCUUUUCAUUUUCUUAGAAGAUUCAGGUUGAAUAAAUAAUGAUGCUUUCACCCUAACCACUAUCAGCUUUAGGCUUGAAGACCUGAUAAUAGUUGGUCCAAGUCCACUGAUCUAUAAUAUGUGCUUUAUAAGUUUUAAGCAGAUAUAUAUUAUUAUUGCUGUUUAUGUUCUAAUCAGGUUCAGUUAUUAAAUAUUUAGAGUCAGCUUAAUGAGUUCAACUGUUCAAGGUUUGUCUUGUUUCAAAGAUCACGGAUCUGCUGUAGCUUAAACUUUUUUAAGUACAAGAGUUUAAAAAAAGAUUAUAAAUCUCAUGCAUGUUUACACACCAACUUUUGGAUCUUAAAAUAAGAAGUUGAACUCUGACAUGGCUACUACAACUUAGAGACUUGUUAUUUCUCAAUUUACAAACACACACACACAACACCAUCAUCAACAAAUAUGCCUCUAACCUCAUAUUUUACUGUUGUUGCAAUUGCUUUGUUAUUUUCUUUUACUGCAGCUGAUAAUCAUGAAAACUUCAUUCAAUGUCUUAAAGGUUAUUCUAGUCAUAACUCCACUCAAUCUCUAAGUUUGUGUACACCCAAACACACUCAUACUCAUCUAUGCUUCGGUUUUCCGUUCAAAAUCUUAGAUUCACAUCUAACACAACUGCAAAACCUCUUGUCAUUGUGACACCUCUUGAAGUACCAGAAAUUUAAGCCACCAUAAUCUGUUCCCAACGCCAUGACAUGCAGAUUCGAGUUCGAAGUGGUGGACAUGACUAUGAAGGUAUGUCCUAUGUUUCUGAAGUUCCAUUUGUUGUCAUUGAUCUCAUAAACUUUCGAGAAAUCCAAGUAGACGUAGAAAAUAGUAAUGCAUGGGUUCAAGGAGGAGCAACUGUUGGCGAACUUCUGUACAAAAUUAGCCAACAAAGCAGGACUCUCAGCUUUCCUGCAGGUGUUUGUCCUACUGUUGGUAUUAGCGGACUCAUCAGUGGCGGCGGCUAUGGAUUCUUGAUGCGUAAAUAUGGUCUUUCGGCCGAUAAUAUACUUGACGCUCACAUAAUUGAUGUGAAUGGUAGGGUUCUUGACAGAGAAUCAAUGGGCGAGGAUUUGUUUUGGGCUAUUAGAGGUGGUGGAGGAGCAAGCUUUGGAGUUAUCAUAGCAUGGAAGAUAAAACUAGUUCAUGUUCCAUCAACUGUGACAUUGUUCAAUGUUUUUAGGACACUAGAACAAAAUGCAACCAAUCUUAUUCACAAGUGGCAGUUGGUGGCAAAUAAGCUUGAUGGUGAUCUAAACAUUAGGAUCAUUCUGGAGAGAGUAAAUUCAAGUGCUCAAGCAAGGAAGCUAACAGUAAAAGUCACAUUUGAAUCCUUGUUUCUUGGAGGUGUAGAUAGACUUAUUCCCUUGAUGCAAGAGGAGUUUCCAGAACUUGGUUUGGUUAGAGAAGAUUGUACUGAGAUGAGUUGGAUUGAAUCAGUUCUCUACCUUGCUGGAUUUACAACUGGUCAACCACUUGAAGUUUUGUUGAGUAGAACUCAUAGUGGUGUGUUGUUUUUCAAGGCAAAAUCUGAUUAUGUUAGAGAUUCAAUUCCUAAUAUUGGAUUCGAAGGAUUAUGGCCAAUGUUUUACGAAGACGAGGCGAAAAGGGCAGUGUUGAUACUCACUCCUUAUGGAGGCAGAAUGGAUGAGAUUUUAGAGAUGGAAAUUCCAUUCCCACAUAGAGCUGGAAACAUUUACCAAAUUCAGCACUUGGUUUUUUGGCAUGAAGAAGGUGAUGAGGUGGAAAAGAGGCACAUCAAUUGGAUUAGAAGGCUCUACAGUUAUAUGGAACCUUUUGUUUCAAAGUCUCCAAGAGCUGCAUAUGUGAAUUAUAGAGACCUUGACAUUGGAGUGAAUAAUAACAAUGGAUACACAAGCUACAAGCAAGCUAGUAUUUGGGGACUUAAGUAUUUCAAGAACAACUUCAAGAAAUUGGUCAAGGUUAAGACCAGUGUAGAUCCUCUAAACUUCUUCAGAAAUGAACAAAGCAUACCUUCUCUUUCUCGUUUUGAUAACAUAACAAUAGAGCAUAAUACAUUGCCUUGUGUAGAAGGGAUGCAAUUAGAAUUCCCCGGAGCAGGACAUGCCAUAAUGGGAAGGAAACUCGGGUAAUUCAGAGUUCGGAUAGGAGAUAACUAAAGUAUGACAAAAAAUUGUUAAGUAACCAUGACUUACAGAAGUCCCGAGAAUAUCUUUAACAGAUAACAUUGGCUAGUGAUCCAGACAUCCUCACUGACUUCAUAGCUCCAAAUGGAAGCCAAGUAGACGGGAGCUUCUUCACUUUCACCGGUUUCCGUGUCCUUCUUCCACCAAACACACAACCCUCAACUUUCAAG